AUGCUCGGGCGAACAUACUUCUUCCGCGCAGACAUCGACUUCCCCAAAGGCGGCGCCCCGUCGACGAAGCACUACACCAGAGAGCUCGCCGCGCGCCGCCCCGACGAUCCGAGCCCGCGGCUCUGCGCGCGGUGCCAGGACUGGGACGUCCCCGAGUUCGCUGCGGGGCGCGGGGCCAAGGCGCAUUACUACCUCCCGCUCGCGGCGGUCCUCCGGGCCGGGAGCGGAUGUCUUGUUUGUGCCGCUUUCGGGGCGGCCGUGGAAGCGAGGAGGGCAAAUGGGCAGUGUGAAGGGUGGUUGAGGGCGGCGUCGGUAGAGGAGGUGUAUGUCGCUGUGCAGGGGCCGUUUUUCUUGGACUCGGGGUAUAAGGUCGACCAGGAGAGGAGGCUGGCGGACGGGGAUGUGAGGUUGUUUUUGGAGUUGACGGUUGGUCUUGUGAGGAACGGGGAAGGCGAGGUGCCGGUGCCGUUUGCUGUGACGCCACAGUUCCGGAUGAAGUAUUCUGCGGGAGGGGACGAGGUGCCGCGGCUGGUUGGGGUUGAGGAAUGGGAGGUUGAGAGGUUCGAGAUCGGGACGUUGAAGGGGUGGAUCCAGCAUUGUGAGAGGUGGCAUGAUGCUUGCGGUGCUGAGUAUGCGUCUACAUCUGAGUUGCCGCGCGGGUUUCGCGUGAUUGAUAUGCGGGAGAUGAGGAUCCUGCAGCCGUUUGAGCCGGUGCGGUUCGUCGCGCUGAGCUACAUGUGGGAAGCCAGCGAGGGCGCGGGACACGCGCAGCUUGUGAAUGCCAACGCGGAGGAUCUCGGGGCGGAAGGCAGCCUCUCGGCGGUCUCGCUGCCCCGGCUCAUCACGGACACGAUCUCGCUGUGCAGGGACCUCGGGGAGCGGUAUCUGUGGGUGGACCGGCUGUGCAUCGUGCAGGACGAUGAGCGGUCGAAGCCGGACCAGAUUGACGGCAUGGAUCGGAUUUACAGGUCGGCCGCGUUCGCCAUCAUGGCCGCCUUGGACGACCGCACGGGGAAGGGGCUGCCGGGGUACAUUGACGAGAGGAGGCCGGGGGCUUCGCUUUGGGGACCGCCGAGGAAUCGUAACAGUCGUCGCGGGAUCGAUCCGAACGGCGUCCAGGCCAUUGUCGAUCCCUCGCUGUGGAACAGGCGUGGGUGGACGUUCCAGGAGAGAUUGUUCACGAAGCGACGGUUGUUCAUCACGGAGUAUCAGGUCUUAUUCGAGUGUUGUCGCGCGCAAGCGGCGGAGGAACUCACUUGGGGCCCGCGUUUGAAGGAUGAUCCGUAUUACUCGCCCGUCGAAGAGGCCGGCCACGAGGAUGAUCAUGAUUGCGGCGAUGGCGAUGCAGAUGCCGGCGUCAGUCACGAUGAUGAGAAACGAAAGAAGAACAAACACUCGUUCGGAACGGGGUUCUACUGCAAGCCGAGGUUCGGCAAGUCCACCACGAUCCAACUCCAAGACCACAUCACGCUGGCGGAUUACUGCCUCUGGGUGGAAAACUACACGCCUCGCGAGCUCUCGCACGGCGGGGACGUCCUCAACGCCUUCGCCGGAGUCGGCAACGCGGUGAAGAAGGCCAUGAAGACGGAGGUCAUGUACGGGCUACCUGCGACGUGUCUGCCGCAGGCUUUGAUGUGGAGUCACACGGGCAGGGCGGCGCGCCGCGAGGAGACGGCCUGGAUCCCAAGCUGGAGUUGGGCGGGAUGGGUUGGCAAAGCGGGAUACAGGUGGAUUCACGGGGAGGAGAAGCUCAACGACUCCAAGCUCGUCCGCGUCGUGACGCUGGUCGCGUUCCACUUCCAGGAUCCGGGCCGCGGCCUGGGGAGGGUGGGCGUCAGGGAGCGAUGGCUGGGCAUGGAGAUGCGCAAGAUGAACAUCAUCAGCCCGGACAAGCUGCCCAAGCUGCAGCGGCGGAUGAGCGGCGGCAGGAUCAGCGUGUCGGAGGAGACGGACCGGAUGUACGAGGAGAUGUGGAACCGGUGUCCUCACAGCCCAUGGGAAGCCCUCGCGCGCCCGGGGCUGGAUCCCGCGGCUGUGGAGAUUGCGAGCGACUUUCCCGGGUGCUUGGUGUUUAAUACCACCGUCGCGUCGUUGCGGAUUGGGCGUGAUCACAGACGGUCGGGGACGAGGGCAGCGGGCGAGUUCGAGGACGCAGAGAUUCUGGACGUGAUGGGGCGGCAGGUUGGGUACCUUGACAAGAUGGACCCGGAGUGGAUUGCCGGGCGGAAAGGUAAAAGAGAUCGCAGGAGAAUGCUCGAUUUCAUCGUCAUCAGCGCUGGGCUGCAGGAGGCUACCAGCGAGAGAGGCCAGUGGGCGUUUAUCGAGGGGCAGUUUCAUGAGUUGUGGCAGUUCAAUGUCAUGCUUGUUGAGCGGCUGCCGUACGAGCAGUUUGUCGCAAGGAGGGUCGGGGUUGGGUGUGUGAGGAUCAUGUGA